AUGGGGACACCUGUGAAGGUAGGGGCUGUGGUGAUUGCAGUGAGUCAUCCCAGGCAGGGGACAGCAUGGAACAUGAGCACAGGCAGUGGUGGGAUCCAGGUCCCUCUGCCAGGGACACACUCCGUGUGGCUGGAGCCACCUUAAGGUGUCAGCAUGGGGGAGGGACAGACAGGCUGCGGGGGGAGGGCAAUAUCCCGGUCCAGUGCAGUUCCCAUGUUCCCGUUCUUGUCCCGUGUUAACAUGGCCCUGCGGAGGGUGCUGGCGCUGGCGGCAGCCUUGGGGCGCUGCAGCUGCUGCUCCAAGCCCUCGCUGCCCCCUGCCUUCGUGGAGGCCCUGAAGUCCAUGGUUGGGCCCCCCAAUGUCUCCACGGCCCCAGCGGUGCUGGAGCAGCACGGCCACGAUGAGUCCAUGCACCCCUGUGCCCCUCCGGACGUUGUGGUGUGGCCCCAGGCGGUGGGGCAGGUGCAGGAGCUGGCAGCCCUCUGCCACCGCUACCGUGUGCCCAUGGUGCCCUUUGGCACCGGUACCGGCCUGGAAGGAGGCGUCAAUGCCGUGCAGGGCGGUGUCUGCUUUGACCUGAGCCGCAUGGAUGCCAUCACAGAGCUGAGCCUCGAGGACUUCUCGGUGACUGUGGAGCCAGGUGUCACCCGCAAGGCCCUCAAUAAGCACCUGCGUGGCACCGGGCUCUGGUUCCCUGUCGACCCUGGGGCGGACGCUUCUCUUUGUGGCAUGGCAGCCACGGGAGCCUCGGGCACCAACGCCGUGCGCUACGGCACCAUGCGCCCCAACGUGCUCAACCUGCGCGUGGUGCUGCCGGACGGGCGCUUGCUCCACACGGCCGGCCCCGGGCGCCAGCCCAGGAAGCGGGCAGCCGGCUACGACCUGACCUCGCUCUUCGUGGGCUCUGAGGGCACCCUGGGCUUCCUGACUCAGGCCACGCUGCGCCUGCACCCGCUGCCCGAGGCCACUGCUGUCACCAUCGCCUCCUUCCCCAGCGUGGGGGCGGCCGUGGCUUGCACCGUGCAGGUGCUGCAGGCCGCCGUGCCUGUGGCUCGCAUCGAGUUCCUGGAUGAGGUGAUGGCAGAUGCCUGCGGCCGCUUCAGUGGGAUGAGGCUGCCAGUGGCUGCUACGCUCCUCCUGGAGCUGCACGGCUCCCGGCGUAGCCUGGCUGAGCAGCAGCAGCAGACGGAGGAGAUUGUGCAACAGAACGGUGGCUCCGGCCUGGCCUGGGCGGAGGGGCAGGAGGAGCGCGAGCAGCUCUGGGCCAUGCGCCACAACGCCUGGUACGCUGCCCUGGCCCUGCGGCCCGGCUGCCAGGGCUACUCCACGGACGUCUGUGUGCCCAUCUCCCGCCUGCCUGAUGUGGUGGUGGAGACCAAGCAGGACCUGCAGGCCUCCAGCCUCACCGGACCCAUGGUGGGACAUGUGGGUGAUGGCAACUUCCACUGCAUCCUCAUCUUCAAUUCCCAGGACCCAGAGGAGGCCCAGCGCAUCCACGCCUUCACCCAGCGCCUGGGCAGGCGGGCACUGGCAGCAGGGGGCACCUGUACCGGGGAGCACGGCGUGGGGCUGGGCAAGCGGGCACUGCUGCAGGAGGAGCUGGGCCCGGAGGGCCUGGACACCCUGCGCUCCAUCAAGGCUGCACUCGACCCCCACAACCUCAUGAACCCUGGCAAGGUGCUCUGAGGGGGAGCACCAGCACUGAGCUGGCACUGGGGAGCCUCAGCCCCUGGAGUCAAGGCCAGGGUGGCCAUGCUGCCCUGCAGUGCCACUGUAUGUGUCCCUACAAAUCACCCCAUCCCCACUUCUGGGGGUCAGGGAUACUCAAACCCCAAAUAAACCCUUUGGACUCGCA